CCCGACUAUAAAAGCCCCCGUCGCCCCACAGAUAAUCAUUCACGUUCCAAGUGCUCCUAAGCUUCAGUUCGCUAACUCGUCAAAAAAAAACCUAUCAAAAUGAAAUUCUUGGUUUGCGCCUUCCUCCUCAUCGCGGCCGCCGCUGCCCUCCCAGCCACCCCCGCUGACCAGGCCGCCAGCGAGCAGAUCGCCCCCGCCGCGGAAGACGCGAGCGCCAAGGAAAAGCGGGGACUCGCUCCCUACUACGGAUACGGCGCCUACCCAUACAGCAGCUACGGUCUUGGCUACCACGCUCCCCUCACCAGCGCCUACCACGCUCCCCUCGCCAGCACCUACCACGCUCCCAUCGCCGCCCCCGCCUACCACGCCCCCAUCGCCGCCGCCGCCUACCACGCACCCCUCGCCAGCGCCUACCACGCUCCCUUGGCCAGCGCCUACCACGCUCCCCUCUCCUACGGAUACGCCGCUAAGGCUUACUCUCCAUACUCCCUUGGCUACCACGCUCCUCUCUACGGUCAUGGUUUGGGCUACAGCUACUACCACUAGACUGCUCUCUCUGUGAUUCCUAUCUCCUAAUACCUCUACCAAAUUUAGUUUGUCCUUCCUAUUUAUUGCUGAGUCUCCGCUCGGCACCAUCUCAGAUUCAUUUGUGAUAGUUACCUGAUAUCAAGUUAUCUCAUCUCCGACAAUACUGCCCGAUCGGUACGUUAUGUUCACCGGUGCCAUUUUGAAAGAUUUUCUCUGAAAUUGUUCAAAAAUCAUGACCUCACUACGACAAAAGCUCAUUUUAUCUCCGAUGUUUCAUCUACAAACUUUGAACACCGUGAAUGAUGAAACUAUGAUUCAAUCUAUUUUUGUAAAAUCUUAAUGUGCCAUCUAUAAGAAUUGUUCUUACAGCUGGUAUCCAACCAUUUGUGAGUCAUAGAAAAUAAUUUUUUACUUACAUACAAGAUACGUCUAUUUGGUCUCAUUCUUUGUUUAUUCAUUAAAUAAAUGAAUGAAAAACAACCUCA